GCUGCGCGCCUCGAGAGACUUGGAGACUUGAGCCAGAGCGAGCGACAGAGCCGGUUCCGACCGAUCGACGGACGGAGGGCUAGACGGCCGCCGAGGCGCACCCGCUACCCACUUGCCGGUCCCCCGGUCCCGCGCUCCAGCCCCAGCGCCCGCCGCCGUCCCAGCCCCAGCUGCAACGCGAUGCUCGGCCCUGGCGGCGGGGCACGGACGAAUCCUGCGCCGGGGCCCGCGCGCCCGGGUGCCUAGCGCCUGGUGUCGCCGCCCCACCUCGGGGAGGGUCGCGGAGACCCCGGCCUCAGCUGGCCCAGGCGCGCUGCCCGCGGGGCCCGCCAAGCCCUUCCAGGAGCGCCGGCCCACCAUGCUCCUGCUGUCUCCGCGCGGCGCGCUCCUCUCCGUGUAUUGCCCGCAGAUCUUUCUGAUCCUGUCCAGCGGCAGCUACCUAGCGCUGUCGUCCGUCGUGGCCCUGGGAGCCAACAUCAUCUGCAACAAAAUUCCUGGCUUGGCCCCACGGCAGCGUGCCAUCUGCCAGAGCCGGCCCGAUGCCAUCAUCGUGAUCGGGGAGGGGGCGCAGAUGGGCAUCAACGAGUGUCAGUACCAAUUCCGCUUCGGACGCUGGAACUGCUCCGCCCUGGGCGAGAAGACUGUUUUCGGGCAAGAGCUCCGAGUAGGUCCUGGAGGAGCGCAUGAAGCUGGAGUGCAAGUGCCACGGCGUGUCGGGCUCGUGCACCACCAAGACGUGCUGGACCACGCUGCCCAAGUUCCGCGAGGUGGGCCACCUGCUCAAGGAGAAGUACAACGCCGCGGUGCAGGUGGAGGUGGUGCGGGCCAGCCGCCUGCGGCAGCCCACCUUCCUGCGGAUCAAGCAGCUGCGCAGCUACCAGAAGCCCAUGGAGACGGACCUGGUGUACAUCGAGAAGUCGCCCAACUACUGCGAGGAGGACGCGGCCACGGGCAGCGUGGGCACUCAGGGCCGCCUGUGCAACCGCACGUCGCCGGGCGCGGACGGCUGCGACACCAUGUGCUGCGGCCGUGGCUACAACACCCACCAGUACACCAAGGUGUGGCAGUGCAACUGCAAGUUCCACUGGUGCUGCUUUGUCAAGUGCAACACCUGCAGCGAGCGCACCGAGGUCUUCACCUGCAAGUGAGCGCGCGCGCGCGCGCGCCCCCGCCGCCGGCACGCGCGCGCCCCCGCCCCCCCCUGCCCUGCUGGCUGCGGGGUCGGGGGCGGCGGGGAGCUCAGGGCGCGGGAGGGCUGCCGCCACCGGCGGCCCCCUCGCUGCCCUCAGGGGCUCCUUCCCGCCUUUCUCGUCACUUCCUGUGGUCGAGCGAUGCCCAGAGGGCAAGGCCCAUGGCACCGGUGUCCCUGGUGGGGCGCCCAGCGAAUUCUUGCUCUUUUCUCUGGGGAAUUGAACCCCAAGGACACACGUCCUGGAAAGCGAAGUGACCACAAGACUCCGAGUGUCCCCCUCCCCCACCUUGUGGCACGGACAUGGAUGUGCCAUGCCGGCUGACCACCCCCGCCCCCUCCCCGCGGGACUUUUUCCCUGGCCGCAUCAGCCACAGGGCUUCCCCCCACCCCCCGGGUGGUCUGGGCAGAUGCUGACACAUUUUAUUUAUGUUUUCUUAGUAUCAGAAAAGGAUUCUUAGCACUAAGGCAUAGCCAGUCCUAACUCUGUACUCCGUGUUAGCGCAUUCCCUUGUGGCCCUCUGCUCCCUGUCCCCGCCUCUCUAGACCCCAGGGAGCAUCUCCGUGCCCAGCUCCCUCCUGGCCCUGCCCCGAGGGGGCCUCUGAGGGGAGCCACCGGCAGGGAUCCUUCUUUUUAAAAAAUCACAUCAAACAAAUCAAACUGUCACCUAUGUCAGGUUCCAGGAGUGCUGUGUUCCCUCCCCGAUGCUGUCAGCCUCCCGGUCCCCCCUCCAGCCUGGCACCCAGUUUACAGAGCCCCCUGCCCCCCUGGAGCCAGCUGAAACCCUAGGACAGCAGUGUGCUGGUGGCGGUCUGGUGGGGUGGGGGUGGUUCGGGGCGGGGGGGGGGGGGCUGGGUGCUGCCUUUGGGAGAUGCAGACACUGAGGCCCAGAAGGGCUCAAGAAUUAGCCAGAGGCCCCGAGGCCGUGAGUGGAGGCUUCUGCCUUGGCUCGGGCAUCCUGACCCCCCAGGCCAGGGCUCCUGACCCUGGAAGACCUACUCUGGGGACAUCCAGGUUGGCAUGAGACUGACCCCAUGUUUUUGUGAAAUCUGGCUGCUCCCCUCAUCCCCUGCUGCCAGCCACACUGGGACCUGCACCCUCAGAGGUGCCUGCUGGGAUUUCUCUAGUGGCCCCGUGCCCAGUCCUACUCCUUUGGCCCUGAUCCCAAUGCUGAGGAAACUUGGAUCCACGAGGACACUUGGCCAGAGCUCCCCACCUGCUGCCCUCCAGACACCUCCCCCAGGGUCCCCCCAUGCACACCCUCCUCUUAAAGUUCAACUCUCCCUGAAACCUGGGAGAGGAGGACGAGAAGGGUCCCGCUCAGUUCUGAACCACGGGCAGGGUGGGGAGGGGCCCAAACCCCGGGACUUGGGGCGAUGCAUCCUCUGCGAACAUUCCCACCCUCCCCUGGGGAGUCUGAAGCCCAGAGGAGGUGAAUCUGCCAGCAAGGGUGGAGUGCAGCUGGCUCCCGGUGUGCCCACCACUGCUCCUGUGCCCUCCCCCACCCAAAUAUAGGGUAUUUACUUGUAGAAACCUGUGGAAAGGUGUCCUCAGGCAGCUGCCUGGCCAAGUGGGCGAGACAUUAGCCAGGGGUGAGUGACACUGUCUGGGCCCUGGCGUCUACCCUGUUGUGCCCCUGAUGAUGCCAGGACACGCCAUCGGCUGCUGUUCUGGGCACUUCCAGGCUGCCGUGAAUGCCCCCGACCUGCGCAGCACCCCCUCCCCCGCCCCGCCUCCCUGGGUCCCGGGACACCACUCAGUCCACAGGCCCAGCACCUUCUGCCAAGGAACCUGGUUAACUUAUAUUGUUAUAUAGCGUUAAAGUGUCUAUCUUGUCUUUUAAAUUAUUGUGACCUACACUGGGUACUGGAGGGAGGGGACAGCCUCAAGCAUUCCCCGGAGCCAGGCUCCUCCUCCUGCUUGAAACAGACUCUUGGGGCCUCCUGAUGCCAUUGAGUCACGCGCACUGUCCAGGCACCUCCGCUGAGACCCUGCCCUCCUUAACUGUCAGCAGCGACCCUUCCCUUGGGUGAACGGGGGUCGGUCGGCGCGGCCUGCGUGGGGCGGUGGCGGUCUGGGCACUGCGUGUCCCCGUAGCGCCUCCCACUUCGGGAGAGCUGCUGGGUUUCCGGAUGGGCUGUGUCUUGCCUUCCCUGGAGGGGAGCGCCCAGCUCCAAUAAAGCUGGAAUCAGAA